UUUUACCUGUUGCAUAUUCCCGACAUAAAAUUACAUUUUCUUUUAUUUUCUGACUGACACAAAAACGAAUCACAAAAUGUAAAAACCCACUUCUCUCACUCUUGUUGUAGCAUUCAUUUAUGACUCUUUUCUUCUUUCUUCACAAACCCACCCAAAAAAAAAGUAAUCUCAGAAACAAAAAGUAAGACGAAGAAGAAGAAGAAGAAGAAAGUUUUAUUCCAGCGCUCUUGAUUUCGCUUCCUUCUUAAGCCAUUUUGAUUACCUCUUUUUGUCUCUCUCACUUCUCUUCAAAGAUACCUUCACUUCUUUAUAUAUAUAUUCCUUAAAAUUUCCCUCUUUUUUUCAAGUCAUUUGAUCGUCACCACUAGUAUCAAAAUCCUCCAUUGAAGCUCUUAGUUUCAACCACAUUACCUUCUUCUUUCUAACUCACUCUCACUACCCAUUUGGAAGCUUUGUUGCGUUUUUUUUUUGUUUAUAAAAAAGUUUCUGUUUUUUUUUUUUAAUAAUAAAGCUGUAACGGCUACUAUGAGAUUUGCUACUCUGUUUUAUGUUCUGUUUCUUCUUCUUCGAUUCGGUUUAAUCGUUGAUGCGAUCAUCGUCCCAGUUGAUUUCUUGGCUCUUCAAGCGAUUCGUAAGUCGUUAGAUGAUUUACCAGGUUCUAAUUUCUUCGAUUCUUGGGAUUUCACCUCAGACCCUUGCAGCUUCGCCGGUGUUUUCUGCGACGGUGAUAAAGUAACCGCGCUUAACCUCGGCGAUCAAAAAGCCGGUUCACCCGGUUUAUCUGGUCGGAUUGAUCCGGCUAUUGGAAAACUCUCUGCUUUAACUGAGCUCUCAAUCGUACCGGGUCGGAUCAUGGGCUCGCUACCGCACACGAUCUCCCAGUCGAAGAAUCUACGGUUCCUCGCUAUCAGUCGGAAUUUUCUCUCCGGCGAGAUUCCGGCGAGUCUCGGCGAGCUUACGGGACUCAAAACACUCGAUCUGAGUUAUAAUCAGCUAACCGGGUCGAUCCCUCCGUCAAUCGGAUCCUUACCGGAGCUAUCCAAUCUGAUUCUAUGUCACAACCACUUGAACGGAUCGAUUCCUCAGUUCCUCUCGCAAACGUUGACCCGAAUCGAUCUCAAACGGAACAAUCUCACCGGCGUUAUUUCUCCGACGUCUCUUCCUCCGUCGAUGCAAUACCUCUCACUCGCUUGGAACCAGCUAACCGGAAGAGUAGACCGGGUUUUACUCAGAUUAAACCAGCUCAAUUACCUCGAUCUCAGCUUAAACCGGUUCACCGGCGCAAUCCCCGGUCAGAUCUUCACCUUCCCGAUAACCAACCUCCAAUUACAACGCAAUUACUUCUACGGCGCGAUUCAACCGGCGAAUGAGGUAACGAUUCCGAACGUCGAUUUAAGCUACAACAGAUUCUCCGGCGAGCUUUCGCCGCUUCUCUCCAACGUACAGAACCUAUACCUGAACAAUAACCGGUUCACCGGUCAAGUCCCGGUUAGCUUCGUGGAUCGGUUAUUGGCAGCGAAUAUACAAACACUCUACCUCCAACACAACUUCUUCACGGGGAUACAGAUUAGUCCGGCGGCGGAUAUUCCGGUGAGCAGCUCGCUGUGUCUGCAAUACAACUGUAUGGUGCUACCGGUACAGACGCCGUGUCCGGUUAAGGCCGGUUCGCAGAAAACCAGACCCACAACGCAAUGCAACGAGUGGCGAGGGUAGAAACGUAAUUUAGGCAUUUAUUUAUCUUCGGUUCUUUUCUCUCCGGUUAUUUUGUUAUAACUCUUUUCGAGUUUCGGUCGUCGCAAAAAAAAAAAACGAUUUGUUUAUUCGUUGGUGACUUUGUGAAUGUGGCGUAAAUGAUAAUGAUGAUGGUUCGAAUAAAAUGAGUAACGCCUA